AUGUCCGUCUCACCCACUCUCCACAAACCGAGCUACUACUACCCGUUGAUCUCCCGUCGUGUACCCGCCAGCCCGCCAGCCCGACCUACCGAAACCAGGCAAGCGUUUCCGAACAACAUCACCAUGGGCCGUUUGGCUAGGUACGGCAGAAAGCUUGCGGACUUCCUCAAUAGCAUCAUCCCCGCUGCCAUCUUUAGCUUCAUCUAUCAAUUCUACACCCAGAGCCUAUUACCUCAGUACGUCCACUCCAUCCUCCACAAUUUCAUCCUUCAACGGGGCACCUCAGCCCUACUCUGGAGAAUCCUCGAGGCGAUAACUACAUUCCUACUCGCACCACACCACUUCCCACGUAAACUGUGGCUCCGUCUCCAUCCGCCGCCGUGUACCCAUCACAGGUGUCAGUUACAACGAUAUGUGUCGCCGCCACCGCCGCCACCACGCCCAUGCUACAUGUACAUGAAACGCUUUUGCCAGCCAAUAAGGCGUCUCUGUAACGUUUUUCAGUCUGAAGGCCGCUCUCAACAAGACAGCGACACGUCAGCUUUUUUGCGGCUUCCGACGGAGCUGAGGUGCAUGAUAUACGACUAUGCAAGUGGUGGCGGAAGAUACGGAAUAACAAGUUCCAGGGAUAUUGCUGCGUAUGAUCCGCAGGAGAAGCAGAGAGAAGAUGCAGUUUCCUACGUACUCGGAGACGAUGCUAUCAUUGCUAUACACGGAAGUUGUCCGUCGAUAAAUUUGCUCUUAGUUUGUAGAAGGGUAUGCCAAGAAGCGCGCGAGCACUUCUUCUCGACGACGGUAUUCGAACUGCAUCCAUUGACGCCGAGUGACGGCUCCUGGGUGUAUGAGUACUAUGCUACUAUGCUGGAGCAUCCCGCAUAUGAAUAUCUACCGAAAUCAUUAUAUGUGCGUAUGAUGAGGAAGGCGCGGUUGCGUGUCGAUAUAGCGAGGUUUAGUUGCUAUCGGCAGAGGCAGCCGCGUGGGCCACGUGGACGCAUGGAGCCCGUGGCUGCGUAUGAUGAGAUUGAUUUGAAGAAUUGUACAGAGAUGCUUUUGAGAAGUUCGAGGAGAUUGUGCGAGAUUUUAAAGACGGCUGCGCCGAAUUUGAGGGUCGUGGAUGUGCAUUGGGUGGAUGACUUUCCGCAUGCGGUUAGCGAGUGCGAUAUGGAUAUGAGGGCGAGUGUCUUGCGGCCAUUUUGUGGACUUGAUGGUGUAACUUUGCGUGUGAAGCAGGUAGUAAUGGCAGGAAAUGGAAAAGAGGAAGUUUUUCAGAUGAUUAAAAGUACAUUUGUGUAG